UGCAGGCAGCGCACUCGGUACGUCAUCGCUGUGCGGCCUACUUACAUGUGAUUGCCCGUUACAGCGGCCCUAGUGCGCACCUACCCGCCGGUCAGUCCCCGGUUUCAGCCGUCCGCACCACCCCCGCGAACCGGUCAUUGUCCUGCGAUCUCUAGGAAAAUGGCGGACGCCUUCGGGGACGAGCUGUUCAGUGUGUUCGAGGAGGAGACCCCGGCGUCCAGCAAGUGCGCGGAGCCCGGGCCCGCCGCCAAGGCCGGCAAAGGCGGGAAAAGAAAUGCCAGACCUCAUGGUGCGAUCAAAGGACCUUCUCCGAGAAACAAGCGAGACACCAGCAGUAUUGAUCCAGAGGAUGAGUGUAUCUUUGGAAAGAAAUUUAAACUGGAACCAUCAACAUCAGAUGACCUAAACCUGGCAGACUUAAUGCCACGGAUAAAAGUACAAGAAGUGGAAACCAUUGAGGGCUGCACCCACGAGGUGGCACUUCCUGCUGAUGAGGAGUACAUGCCGUUAAAACCUCGAAUUGGUAAAGCUGCAAAGGAAUAUCCUUUUAUAUUGGAUGCGUUUCAGAGAGAGGCCAUUCUGUGCAUUGAUAACAAUCAGUCUGUUCUGGUUUCUGCCCACACAUCUGCUGGAAAAACAGUCUGUGCAGAAUACGCCAUUGCGCUGGCUCUGCGAGGGAAGCAGAGAGUUAUCUUCACCAGCCCCAUCAAAGCUCUGAGUAACCAGAAAUACAGAGAGAUGUACGAAGAAUUCCAAGAUGUUGGUUUAAUGACUGGAGAUGUAACCAUUAACCCUACUGCAUCCUGCCUUGUCAUGACCACGGAGAUUUUGCGCAGCAUGUUAUACAGAGGCUCCGAAGUCAUGCGUGAAGUUUCGUGGGUCGUAUUUGAUGAGAUCCAUUACAUGAGAGACUCUGAGAGAGGAGUUGUCUGGGAGGAAACGAUCAUUCUUCUGCCGGAUAAUGUGCAUUAUGUCUUCCUCUCCGCCACCAUUCCUAAUGCUCGUCAGUUUGCUGAAUGGAUCUGCCACCUCCACAAGCAGCCGUGUCAUGUCAUCUACACAGACUACCGUCCUACUCCCUUACAACAUUACAUAUUCCCAGCAGGGGGCGAUGGACUGCAUCUUGUUGUGGAUGAAAAUGGGGAUUUCCGAGAAGACAACUUUAAUACAGCGAUGCAAGUCCUGAGAGACGCAGGGGAGUUGUCCAAAGGUGACCAAAAAGGACGUAAAGGUGGAACUAAAGGACCCUCUAAUGUCUUCAAGAUUGUGAAGAUGAUCAUGGAGCGCAACUUCCAGCCUGUCAUUAUCUUUAGCUUCAGCAAGAAGGAAUGCGAGGCCUACGCUCUGCAGAUGUCUAAGCUGGACUUCAAUUCCGAUGAGGAGAAGAAGAUGGUGGAGGAAGUGUUCAAUAACGCCAUAGAUUGCCUGUCUGAUGAGGAUAAGAAGCUGCCACAGGUGGAGCAUGUGCUGCCUCUUCUGAAGCGAGGUAUAGGCAUACAUCAUGGUGGGCUGCUUCCCAUACUAAAGGAAACGAUAGAGAUCCUCUUCUCUGAGGGUUUGCUUAAGGCCCUGUUCGCCACAGAGACAUUUGCUAUGGGAAUAAACAUGCCGGCCAGGACGGUUCUGUUCACCAAUGCCAGGAAGUAUGAUGGCAAGGACCAUCGCUGGCUCUCUUCAGGGGAGUAUAUUCAGAUGUCUGGUCGUGCCGGGAGACGCGGGAUGGAUGAGAGGGGGAUAGUAAUUCUCAUGGUUGAUGAGAAAAUGAGCCCUGCGAUUGGGAAGCAGCUGCUGAAGGGCUCAGCUGAUCCGCUAAACAGCGCCUUCCAUCUUACAUACAACAUGGUACUGAACCUCUUACGUGUGGAGGAAAUUAACCCUGAAUAUAUGUUGGAGAAAUCAUUCUAUCAGUUCCAACAUUACAGGGCCAUACCCGGAGUAGCGGAAAAGGUAAAGAAAUUGGAGGAGCAGUAUAACGGUAUACACAUUCCCAAUGAAGACAGCAUGGUGACCUACUACAAAAUCCGCCAGCAACUGGCUAAACUUGGCAAAGAGAUUGAAGAUUACAUCCACAAACCCAAGUACUGCCUUCCAUUUUUGCAGCCAGGGCGGUUAGUUAAGGUAAAGAAUAAAGAGGAUGAUUUUGGAUGGGGUGUAGUUGUGAACUUCUCCAGAAAAUCAAAUGUAAAGCCGAACACUGGAGAUUUGGAUCCUAUCUAUGUGGUGGAAGUGUUGCUGAACUGCUGUAAAGAGAGUCUGAAAAAUGCUGCCACAGAAGCUGCAAAGCCUGCGAAGCCAGAUGAGAAGGGGGAGAUGCAGGUUGUUCCAGUCUUGCUGCAUUUGCUCUCCGCCAUCAGUAGUGUGCGUCUGUAUAUUCCCAAAGAUCUCCGGCCGCCUGACAACCGGCAUAGUGUGUUGAAGUCUAUCCAGGAGGUUCAGAAGCGCUUCCCCGAUGGCGUGCCCUUGCUGGAUCCUAUUGAUGAUAUGGGUAUAAAAGAUCCAGGGCUGAAGAAAGUGGUUCAAAAAAUAGAAGCGUUUGAACAUCGGAUGUAUUCACACCCUCUUAACAAUGACCCUAAUCUGGAGUCCGUCUACAAACUCUGUGAGAAGAAAGCCCAGAUUGCCGUUGAUAUCAGGACUGCGAAACGUGAACUGAAGAAAGCUCGCACAGUGUUACAGAUGGAUGAGCUGAAGUGCCGGAAACGGGUGCUGAGGCGCAUGGGUUUUGCGUCAUCCGCUGAUGUCAUAGAGAUGAAAGGGCGCGUGGCCUGUGAGAUCAGCAGCGCUGAUGAACUCCUCCUCACAGAGAUCAUGUUUAAUGGACUCUUUAAUGACAUGACGGCAGAACAAGCCACAGCCCUGCUCAGCUGCUUCGUGUUUCAGGAGAAUUCCAGUGAAAUGCCCAAGCUGACGGAACAGCUGGCUGGACCGCUCCGGCAAAUGCAGGAAACUGCCCGGAGGAUCUCAAAGGUCUCUGCGGAAGCCAAGCUCGAAGUGGAUGAAGAGACUUAUUUAAGCUCCUUUCGGCCCAACCUCAUGGAUGUCGUCUACACGUGGGCCAAUGGGUCAACGUUUGCUCAGAUUUGUAAAAUGACAGAUGUGUUUGAAGGAAGUAUCAUUCGCUGCAUGAGACGUCUUGAAGAAUUACUACGACAGAUGUGCCAAGCAGCUAAAGCCAUUGGGAAUACAGAACUGGAAAACAAGUUUGCAGAAGGAAUUACAAAAAUCAAAAGGGACAUUGUGUUUGCAGCCAGUCUGUAUCUGUAGCCCGAUAUGAAACCGCUUACAUAGACUGCGAGCUCCUGGGACAACAGAGUUAACAAAGGACAGAUGUUUGCUAUAAACUUUUUAAUGUUUUGGUGUUACAGGUUUGCAGAACAAGCCAUGUUCAAGCAAAGCAAUAUUACACAAGUGUUUGUACAUACUGUUUACCACACUAUUUUAAUUAAAAAAAAAUUACAAUUUGA